GUCCGUGGCACCACGGGGUCUGCUGGUUGCCAGAGGCUUUCCUUCUCUGCAGGCUUCAAAAAGCAGAAGAGCAGCGGGUGUGUGCGAUUCGCAGACACCUCCCAGAUGUGUUUAUUUGGGAAAAUACAGGCCUGUGGAGAUGGCUGGAGUGGUGCUUGGGUUUGGGGUGCUCGGAUUUGGCAUCCCUAGGCGGGGUUGGUGUGGGCCAGCCUCGGGAAGGAGGUGAGGUGGUGUGUAGGGUGUGUAGGCAUUUCUGCACCCCGAUAACGCAGCGGGCAGCCAAGGAGCCGUGUCCAGGUGCAGAGUGCUGGGUUUAAACCAUCCUCCGUGCAUGCGGGAAUGGCUGAACUUCUCCGGGCACGUGUGGGACAUGAGGAUGGAGGGCAUCAGAAGGUGUCUGCUCCACCCACUGCCUGCGAGCCUGCCCUGGGUGGGUGCAGCAGAGGGUAUGCAUGCCCCUGCCUCCACACGGAGCCUGUCUGGAGGGUUUGGGUGGCAGCGACAUCCUCCCCCGCUUGUGGAGCGCAGUCUCCCUGCCACCCAGCCUCCCAGCCCCAUGCCACCUCCCUCUCCCCGCGGCAGACGAUGCUGGAGUAGCUCAGGAAGGCUGUGAUGCCGUGGCAGGGAGGCAUGCUGGCCCGUGAGGAGCUGUGGUAACCCGUUAAUGAAGACAAGUGCUCUUUCUGGUGUUUGCUUUUAUUGCGAACACGAAUCCUUUGUACCUUCCUGAGGGGGAAGAGUAACAAGACCUGCUGUCUCUGAGCUGAAAGACCUGUGUUACCUCGCUGUAGUCCAACCACCGCAGUAGAAAACGGGAGAGCUGUGUUAGCAGCAAUUACCUCAGAAUAAAUGAGGGCUGUGAUGGGAGCUAACAUCUGCCUGCCUGCUCCCCUGCGGCCAGGACAGGAUCGAGGAGCUCAGCUGCACCUACAGGGCACCAGCAUUUCGGAACCGUGCUGCCAGGCUGUGGCAGGGACACUGCCACCUGCCUCAGGAUGCCGCUGCGGAUUUAUGGGCUGCAGGAGAACAAGGCAAGGGCACCGCUCGCAGAGCAGCCGCGGCUGCUGCAGCAGGGGCCGGGGGGAAGCCGCCCUGCCCAGAGCUUUGUGCGUCCUUCAGGGAGGGCGAGGAGCAGAGCUGGGGUGGGUGGGAGAACCCAGCCCACCCGCACAGCCGAUUCCUUCUGGGCUGCUGCACCGUGACCGGGAUCUGUGUGUGCGCCGGGGCUGCCUGCCUUUUAUACUGACGUACGUAGUGCUUGCGUGGCUUUGUGCUCUCUGUGUGCAGUUCUUCCUGCUCCCGGGCCGGGGGGGAACUCGUCGGAUAGCUUUCCUGCCAUCUACGUGGUGUGUGGUUUAUCCAUGCUUGAGGCUCGGGGUGCAGCGAGCCCCCUGGUGCAGCUCUGUGCCCACAGCAGGCGAUGCGCAGGGUGCAGGGAAGGUGGCACUGCUGGUGUGCUGCUGCUGCUGCUGCUCUAGGGGAGGGAAAGCAGGCGCUGGAGCAGGGAGCCUCGUGUCCUUCACUUUCGGUUUGCAUUCCUUGGCGGCGCCGGUGCCUGGAGGAGCACUGGCAGAGGACGGCGGAGCACGAGGAGCAGGUAUGGACGGGAAGAAAUGCAGUGUGUGGAUGUUUUUGCCUCUUGUGUUCACCCUGUUUACAUCGGCUGGAUUAUGGAUAGUGUACUUUAUAGCAGUGGAAGAUAACAAAAUUAUUGCACUAAAUGUACCGGAGAGGCAGCCUGGUUCCAAAAGACCACCUUACAUAAGUAUUGCAGGUGACGCUCCUCCUGCGAGCUGCGUGUUUAGCCAAGUCAUGAACAUGGCAGCAUUUCUAGCGCUUGUCGUCGCUGUCCUGCGCUUCAUCCAGCUGAAGCCGAAGGUGCUGAACCCGUGGCUGAACGUCAGCGGCCUGGUGGCACUGUGCCUGGCCUCAUUUGGGAUGACCUUACUGGGCAACUUUCAGCUUUCCAACGAUGAGGAGAUCCACAACGUGGGUACAUCGCUGACCUUUGGCUUCGGGACUCUGGCGUGCUGGAUCCAGUCUGCCCUCACCCUCAAGAUCAACCUGAAGAACGAGGGGCGGAAAGUGGGGAUCCCGCGCGUCGCCCUGUCGGCCAGCAUCACCCUCUGCGUGGUGCUCUAUUUCAUCCUGAUGGCUCAGGGCAUCCACAUGCACGCUGCCAGGAUCCAGUGGGGCCUGGUGAUGUGCUUCCUGUGCUACUUUGGCACGUUUGCGGUGGAGUUCAGGCACUACAGAUUCGAGAUCGUUUGCUCCGAGUACCAGGAAAACUUUCUGAGCUUUUCUGAGAGCUUGUCGGAAGCCUCCGAGUACCAGACAGAUCAGGUGUAGCCCGUCCUCUGGCAGGGGGGAGGGAGGCAGGCGCGGUCCCAUGGUUCGACAUGACCUCAUUUACACUUGUUUUGAUGAGUUUGUUUUCCACGUGCAAUCAUGAUCGUAUUGCCAAAGGGCUCGGAGAGUGGCUGCCUCAUGAAGAGCCACACAAAAGCAGCUGCCUGCUGGAAAGAGGGUUCUCUCUGAGCCGCGGUGCCAGAGAGCACGAGGUGUUUGAUCCGUGCUGCCAGGGACUUUGCCAGCAGCUCUGUCGCGCUCUUGAUGCUGAAGAUGUUCAAGGCCAGUCCUCGCAAUGCCCUUCCGAGGUGGGCACGGCUCCUGCAAAGGAGAUGAAGGAAACAAACCUCUCUGGGCACAGGGUCUUCAGAUGUGGCUGCACUUUUCAUGUCUUAUUGCGUUGUUUUCUCGGCUGCUGAGCUGACAGGCGCGACCUGGGAGCGUAAGAACGGUGGCUGUUUCUUCUGGACUGGAAAUCCAACCCGAAGGGACUGGCACUGCUGGUGAGCACGUGGGGCCUUUCCUCCGUCCUGGGAAGAAGCUGAGGGCACAGCGGGGCUGGGGGACACCACGCUGCCACCAGGUGUCCUGGCAGCAGGGAGGACUGCGGUGCCCAGGCCCGAGGGCACUGUGCAAGGUGCGGUGUGCGGACACCACGGUGGGGACCGGUGGAAGCAAGGUGCUGAAGUAUGACGGGAAUGGCUGUAUGCGCUGAAAAUGACCCAGAAGAGGCUGCUCUUUUAAGUGUUUAGUGUAUCCACUACAUAUCGUGUCAUGUUUUAAAAGCUUUUUUUUUUUUUGGGUUGUUUGCAGAGGGGGAAAAACCUUGUGUUCAAGACUGAGCUUGCCUGCAGUGCAAAGGGAAUCACUGCAGGUGGAUUUUAUGGGGCAGAGGGUGGCUGGUUGUUUUUUUUUCGGUCCUUAUGCACUUAGAAGUCAAACUUCAGACACACUUCAGCCCUGCGUGGGAUCCAAACCUCUCCACGUGGCCAGUUUUCCUGAGAGGACUUGCAAGGUGCUUGGAGGCAGUGCUGCCCUGGAGGCCUGAGGAUGGCAGGUGCUGGAUGGAACCCGCACAACUACGUGAGCCUCUCCCUCCCUGGGGACAUGGAGCUAACUGGACCUUUUCUCAGAGCUGAGUCACCGAAAGCAAGAGCAGUUUUGCUGUGCCCUCCAGGUGGAGCUUGAAUUCAAAGGCUGAGGGAAAUAUAACAACAGGAAACUUCCAAGAUGGUCUGUGGGCAGAGAAAGCAGGAGCCCAAAGCCUGUAUCUGAAAACCCCUGAGCCUGGGAAGGCUGCUGGGUUGGCCAAGCAGGGGAUGGAUGGGAGACGUUUUCCAUUUCCCUCAGCCUCUCCUGAACUGACAUGAGGCAUCUCAUCGCCCAUGUGGGAAGAGAAGCAGGAAUACAGAUGGUGGAAAGGCGUCUGAAGGUGAGCUCUGACCACCCCAUGGCGUUUCGGGCAGAAACAGGAAGGGCACAGGGCCGUACAGUGCUCUGCAGAGGUCAGGGCCCAAUCCGGCACAGAGAAAUGGCCAAAAAAACCUUGUGUCUAAACCAGCAUAAAGGGAAGAGUUCAGCCAGCCCCCUCCUUGAUCUUCCUUGGGCCAAAAGCCACGCUCAGGGAGGGAGGCGCUGAGGCUGCGUGUCGUCCCCCGACACACGGGAUGCAGAGGGAGCACAGAGCAGUGCUUUAAGUGUGUUUUACUGUAAAUAGUCCACUGUAGGGGGUUUUUCCUAAACCAAUUACUACUUUCAGUUUAUCAUUUUAUAUUUUGUAAUAAUUUUAACAAGGAAAACAUGAGAUGAUGUUUGUGAUUCGUUUUUCCUUUUCCUAUAUGCAAUCCAAACUGAACUUCAGGUUUUUGGUGAUAACUCUGUACAUUUCUUACCGUAUUUCUAAAAGCACAUUUCAGUACGACUCGAUGACAAGCGAUAUACACCGAAACACGACCACUAAAUAAAGUGCUUUUAUGGA